AUGGCCACGCACCGAAUCCGGACUUGUUUAGCUCUUUGCGCCCUGCUUCUUCCAGCUCGGACUUCGACUGGUUUCGAAAUAUUCCAAUCUCAGAGAAUACAUUCUGAGCGAAGCAGCAAACACACAACGUCAUUAGUUGGUUCUGGGGUCCAGCAUUGUCACUGCCUUCCUAAGCCUGUCGAUGAACGCAUGCUAAAAUCAGAGCUGUUCAGCUCAUUACAUCCCGAUUUCCCCAGCCCUAUGGACAUGUAA